AUGAGUACAGAAACAAAUCAUCUGGACGUUAUUGAAUUAAAUGUAGGUGGUGUAACAUAUGCAACAACAUUAGGUACAUUACAACAAGCUGAACCCGAAUCACCACUUGCUAUUAUAUCUACAUUAAAUACAGCUGAAAUUAGAACAAUAUUUGGACGUGAUAGCAAAAAUCGUAUAUUUAUCGAUCGAGAUGGUGUUCUCUUUCGUUAUGUACUUGAUUAUUUACGGAAUAAAAAAUUAUCUUUACCAGAAAAUUUUGCUGAACGUGAUCGUCUUCAAGUAGAAGCUGAUUACUAUCGACUUGAUAGUAUGAGUAGAACAUUAACACAAAGUCGUCCAAAUACAAGUUCAAAUGUAAAAUAUAUAAAUGAACAUAUGAACAAUGUAACAAUAGGAGCUACUACAACUAUGCAUCCAAUUACACCAUUAAUUGGUUCAAAUUUUGGUCCUCGUUCUAAUAGUGGAUAUAUUGUUGUUGGAUAUCGAGGCACAUUUGCCUUUGGUCGUGAUGGUUUAGCUGAUGUUAAAUUUCGAAAAAUAUCACGUAUACUUGUUUGCGGUCGUGUACAUCUCUGUCGUGAAGUAUUUGGCGAAACAUUAAAUGAAUCUCGAGAUCCUGAUCAUGGUCAAACAGAUCGAUAUACAUCUCGUUUUUUUCUUAAACAUACCUUUCUUGAACAAGCUUUUGAUAUGCUUAGUGAAGCAUCAUUUUUAAUGGUUGGUUGUGCAGCAAGUGGAUGUAGUAGUUCAACUAGUGAACUUGGCAAACAAACUGACAGUGAAGAAAAUCGUUGGUUACAUUAUAAUGAGUUUGUCUUUUAUCGCAGUUGA